AUGUUUCUUCUUCUCCUCUUCCUUAUUUUUCUUUUCUUCUCCUUCUUCUUCUUCUUCUUCUUCUUCUUCUUCUUCUUCUUCAGUGCCAUGUUCAUUCAGGAAUUCUUUGUUUCUGUCUCUCUCUCUCUUUCUCUCUCUCUCUCUUUCUCUCUCUUUCUCUCGCUCUUUCUCUCUCUCUUUCUCUCUCUCUUUUAUAAUCUCUCUCUCUCUCUAUUUUCUCUAAAUCUUCUCUCUCUCUCUCUUUCUCAUCCCCCUGUUCUGACCCUCACAUCAUUUACGCAAACUCAUUCUCCUCCUCUUUCUUUUCCAUUCUCCUCCCCGUCUGAUUGUUCUUCUCAUUAUCUUCGUUCUUUCUUACUUUCUGUUGCCUUUCUUCUUUCUUUUCUUUUCAACUCCUUUUCUUCCUUCUUUAUUACCUCCUCCCCUUUCUUUUUCUCUUCCUCCUCCCUCUUCAUCUAUUGUCCUUCUUUCUUUUUUUUAUCAAUUUUUGAAAAAAAAGAGAAAUUACCUCCUCCCUUUUUCUUUUUCCUCCUCCUCCUUUCCUUCAUCCAUUGCCCUACCUCUUCAUCCAUUGUCCUUCUUUCUUUUCGUUUUAUCUCCUCUUCUUCCUUCUUUAUUACAUCCUCCCCUUUUUUUUCUUCUCCUCCUCCUUCUUCAUCCUUUGUCCUUCUUCCAAUAUUAUUGUCGUUCUCAUUUUCUACCUUCUUUUUUAUAUUACGGGUUUUUUUCUUACUUACUAUAAUUAUUUCUCCUUUUCUUCCUCCUUUUCGUUUUUCUCUUUCUUUUUUUGCCUCUUCCUUCUCCUCCUCUCCAUUCUUCUUCUUGACCUCUCCUCCACUCUUAGCCGUCCCGAUCGCCCCAUCUUAA